GGCAGCUCCCAGCUGGCAGGUGUAGUUGCCAGGAUGGGAGCGCGAGGCCCGGAUGCGGAAAGCCUGGGUGGUGCUGGGUCGGUUGCCCGUGGUUACCACGCAGCGUGUCCGUGCUGGGGGGCUCCGCGUGCCGGGCGCCAUGACAAGAUACUGUGCGGCCCCAGACUGCAAGAACCGGGGGGGGCAGGCGGCAGCGGCAGGGAAGCAGCAGAGAGUCUCCUUCUACCCGUGAGUUAGCUGUGCCAGGCUGUGUGCCAGGGGCCAGCCACUGGAACCAUACUUACCAAGCGCUCCGAUUUAGGAAGGACAAUCCUUAUUACUGGCCUGGGUCACGCUUUACUGGGAGCUGCAGAUUGUUAUUUGUGUGUCUGAUGGUUCAAGUGAAGUAAAACCACGUGCAUGCGCCUUUAACAGAAUGUGUUUAAAAACCUGUGUAAAUUACAUCAUUAUCUAUUAAAGCAACACUCUAGGCACCAUAACAACUUCUGUGAAAUGAACUUUGUCAAAUUAGGUUAUGGUGUCGGGGGUUUCUGGCGCUUCCUAAUCUUUUAGGGGUUAAAGGACCACUAUAGUGCCCUGAGUGUGCCCCCACCCUCAGGGACCCCCUCCCGCCGGGCUGGAUGGCGAGAAAAUGGGUUAAACUUACCUUUAUUCCAGCGCCGGGCGGGGAGCUCUCCUCGGCAAGAGCUGCGCGCGCAUUCAGCCAGUCUCAUAGGAAAGCAUUUAUAAUGCUUUCCUAUGGACGCUGGCGUCUUCUCACUGUGAUUUUCAGUGUUGCCCAAACCAGUCAAUGAGACAGCCACUAGAGGAUUUAGAGGCUGGAUUAACCCAUUUAUAAACAUAGCAGUUUCUCGGAAACUGCUAUGUUUAUAUAAAAAAAAAAAAAAAGGGGGGUUAAUCUUAGAGGGACCAGGCACCCAGACCACUUCAUUAAGCUGAAGUGGUCUGGGUGCCUAGCGUGGUCCUCUAAACAGUUUUUGAAAGGUAUGGCUCCUGAAAGGUAAGCGAGUGCCAGGUUUAAACCCCAAAGACCGGUCCGUAGCGCCAUUUCUAGCUGUCCUCCUUACAUACCUGCUUUCAGAAAUUCUUCUAAAGUAAGUCUUUGAGUUCCGCAAUGUAGGGGCGCAGCUGGUUGGCUUUGCUGAAGCUUCCCACUCAUUAUAAGAGCUUAAAAAAAAGCCCCAUUCCUUUCUCAAACCAUUUUUAUGAAUGGAGAGCUGAUCUCUCCAAGCCAAUCAGCAGCACUCCUGCCCAGCGGCAAUCCAAGACUUCCUUUAGAAGGAUUUCUGAAUGUGGAUGGUGCACAGAGAGAAACGGUGCUGCAGAGCAACUUUGGGGUUUAACACCUAACCUUCAUUUCAAUUUAGUUAUGGUGUCCUUCGUGUUCCUUUUAAGGUAUUUAGUAGCUCCUUUGUUAUAGCAGUACAUCAGACUCAUCUGCAACUGGACCCCUUAAAAUCAAAAGGCCGCUCAUGAUCAUUUGAGAUAAUUGUCAUUAUGGAGUCAGCUGUCACCAGAGUUACCUCAGCCUUACAUCACUCCAUAUAAUGAUAGCUUGAUAUUUUACUUUUUUAUUUUCUUCACAUUGAUAAGUAGUGUCACGUUCAAAAGGCCUAUUGCAUCAUGUUACUCAUCUCUGCAAAGAAAAUGAUGUAUUUACUGAGCAAUGUAAUCUUAAGAAUUGCACGUGAUAUACAGUAAAAAUAAAGUCCGCUUAGAUCCAGUACUGGGCCACUCUCUGCUGUUGAUGAAGACUUUUAUCCAAAACAAUGUUUCCCAUAGAGAACCAUUACGCACAUACCGCAUAUGUGCACCAACUGCAUCUAUCAAAUGCUUCUCUAUGAUAUGCAUUUCACUCUUCUAAGGUCUCUAGUGGCUGUCUGUCUGAUAGCCACUAGAAGCUCAGGAUAAGACAAAUGUCAAGUUUGCAGUUUCUUUGUAAUGUCAAUGACAUUGCAAGUAAAAAGAGACAUGGCCUAUGCACCAAACGCAAUUCAUCAUGAAGAAGUGGUUUUGGUGCUUCAAGUGUUCUUUGAAAGUGCCCUUGUCAUGCCUAAUGUGUCAUUCUAAAGAGUUUGUGAUUUUAUUUUAAGUUUUUUUGCCAUGGAUAUCUUAAAUAAAUGAAAAAUACAAUUUGAAUUGUCACAUUAUGAUAUACACAUAGUACGAAACAAAGGUGAAAUAUUUAGAAGAAUUGUGUUACUGGUGAUCAUGAGGCAAAUAAGCUACCUUUUACAAAAGUUUUAUUUUUCAUUGAGGUCAUCUCAGAUUUCCCCUCUAACAUUUGUAGCAGACAUGUAAAAUUGCUAAUAUGCUCUUUUGUAUGUUUUGUUGCACAGCAUGAACACUCUGAACACUUUCAGUGUUUCUAAUAAUGAAGUAUUGGAUUCAAUGCUUCAUUAUCAAAAGUGUCCAGUUGGCUGAACACAGCAAUUGCCGCGCAUGCCCCUAUAGGGCCAAAGUGCUUCUUUAUGAGAAGUAUUGGAUUAACCUGAAACCUCCAUUGGGAUGAUCUAACAGCACAAUGAACUGGUGGCGCUGGAUAAAGGGUGAGUUUAAUGCUAUUUACUAGGGAUGUGCAUGGGCAAAAAGUUUGGUGCAAUUUGGGACUUCGGCACUUACCCUAACCCCACUCCUAACCUUACCUUUAACCCAAACCUUCCUGUAACCCUAAACCUACCCCAAACCCUAGAAGAUGUGGGUUUAGGGCUAGGGUUAGGAGUAGGGUUAGAUUCCUGCCAUCAUUCCCUUAAUUCUCCCUCUCCUGUUUUGACACUUUUCAGAAAUACGAAGCACUUCGGCACUUCCGAAAUUCGGAAAGCAUCCGAAUUGCCAAGAAUUCGUACGGAAACGAAUUGCACAUGUCUACUAUUUACUAAAUUUCACUGGGUGGGCAAAAGGUGGUAACAAUCUAAUCAGUGGCGUACACACAACCCAUGGGUCCCCGGUGCGAAAAACGAUCCGUGGGCGCCCCCGCGCUUACUCUGCGCGGUCACCUGCGACCGCGGUAUGUACACCAGUGCAUGCAGAUACACAUACACUUAAAGGAUCACUACAAACACCCAGAUCACAUCAGCUCAAUUAAGUGGUCUGGGUGCCAGGUCCCUCUAGUUUUAACCCUGCAGCUGAAAAUCCAGCCUCUAGUGGCUGUCUCAUUGAAAAUCACAGUGAGAAGACGUUGAACGUCCAUAGGAAAGCAUUGAGUAAUGCUUUCCUAUGGUCGGUUUGAAUGUGCCCGCGGCUCUUGCCGCGCAUUUGGAGCUGAGAGGCGGAUCAGGGCGGAGAGAUCCCCGGCGCUAGAGAAAGGUAAGUGCUGAAGACACAUACACACUAGCUAACAGACACACACACACACUCUCACGAACAGACGCAUACACACUAGCUAACAGACACACACUCAGUGACAGACAUACAUACACACACUCACUAACAGACACACACAGUAACACAUUAACACACACACACACACUCUAAUACUAACACACACUCUAACACACACAUUUUUUUAAAAAAUGUAAUCCCCCCAGCCUCCCUACCUUUGGGAGUGCUGAGGGGAUUCCCUGGGGUCCAGUGGUGCUGCUGGGCGGCCAGUCCUGCGGGAUGGCUGGUGGGCGCGCGAGGGAGCACUCUCCUGCUCUCUGCUCAGCUCCCUCGCACGCCGCAUACUGAUGCCGGAGCCGGAAGAUGACGUCAUCUUCCAGCUCCGGUAUCAGUGCGAGGGAGCUGAAGAGGGAGCACUCAGAGUGCUCUCGCGUGCCAGCCUGCCUGCCAGGUGAUACCAGGGACAACCUCGGGGGGCCCUGAGGUGGCUGGUUCCUGGGCCCCCCAGGAGAAGAGGCUGGCCACAGUGGGUACAUACCGGGUAGCAGGUCGGGCGGGCCCCCUGGUGGGCCGGGCCCGGUCGCAGCCGCGACCCCGGUAUGUACGCCACUGAAUCUAAUGAAGCAGAGCAAAAGCUUAACAAUUUAAGUAAAUAUAUUUAUAAUGUUGCACUGCUCCUUUAAGUAAAAGAUACUAAACUGGUACCAAGAGUUGCACUGUAUAUUAAAAGUAUUUAGUGCUGAUCGUAUAUUGACAAUUUUCUGUUUCAUAUAUUGUAUAGGUUUCCACUACAUGACAAGGGAAGACUACAGCAAUGGUUGUGGAAUAUGAAACAAAGCAAAUGGUAUCCUACUAAACACCAGGUGUUAUGCAGUGACCAUUUUACCGCUGAUUGCUUUAACAUCAGAUGGGGUAUUCGAUAUUUGAAACCCAAUGCUGUACCAACUAUUUUUCGCUGUGCAUCAAGUUUCCAGGUAUGCAGUGUUAGUGGGGUUUUUAAAACACAAUCAAUCCAUGAGCAAGUAUGGAGACACAUCAGACUUGUUAGGACUGUAUAAUGUUAAUCAUUAAUUACUGAUUUUUUUUUUAAGGCUUAAUAAAUGUUAUUUUAACUAGUGUCCUGCCUCCUGCAUUUGCAAACCCUAAUAAUUUUUUUUUUCUUCUUCUUCUGCCAUUUGGUUUUUAGACUACUUAACUUGGUGAUCCAAAACAAUCUCUUUUGGGUGACUUACAUGAUCUGCAAGGGAGUCAGCUGUCACUGCAUGCUUCAGUGACAGACCGCCUGAAGGCUCCGUAACAUCCAGAUUCAUAUUACAUCUUCCCAGUGCUGUAACAUCUUCCCAGUGCUCAGGAGAGGACGAUGAGCACUGAAGCUGUUUCUGCCACUGCGGUUUGCAGACACAGCUUUUUCAUAGGGAGUGAACCCUGCAUCUUUUGAUAUCUUUAUUUUCAUUACCACAAGAAUACAGUUAAAUGGCAGGAGGAGAAAAAGGAAAAUGCACUUAUGUCUUUGUCCAACUAGCUAAUAGUAUGUGAAAAUGGAACUGUGUCUAUUUUGGUAAUGUGUGAUUGGGUGAUAUGGUAUGAGUGUUGUGAAAUAGGUAGGUGAGCAAGUAAGUUUAAGGUGUGUUUUCGCUUUGGCUCCUAUAUUAUAAGAAUAAUUUACUGGGCCUUUUCAGCAUCAGUAAUGUAGUCAACUGCUUUUUACAUUUAUUUAACAGUCUUUUUGUUUUAUAUAUGUAACUCUCUAUUUUUGUAGUGCAAUAUAGUUAAGUUUUUUAAACUUGUCUUUUCAACUUGGAUAUGAUUUCAUUGUAGCAGUAAGAACACCAACAUGUACAUGUGUAUUAAUGCUUAAAUACAUUUUCAGGGGGUAUAAAAAUGAAAUAAAGUCAAUGAAACUCCUGCUCACUUUUAAUAGCACAAAAAACACUUUUAUUUAUUUGUAAAUAUGAGAGUGUGUGGCACAAUAUAUUCCAUCAGUAUUUUAUUAUUAAAUACACAUGUUACCAUUGUAUGAGAGGAUUCACUUUCAUGUGCCCACCAGACUGUGUACAUUAUACAUGUCUUGCCCUCCACUGUGAACAAAAGCCCCCCUGUUCUUCUUGCAGAAUUUACAAGUGGAAUCCUUUUGUCAUGUUUGAAAGCGGUAUGCAGGUUGAGAAAACUCCAUGCAGUUGUCAGAGUGAUGAAGGGGACAUUCUAAUGCAGUGUUGCCCAAACCAGUCCUCAAGACCCCCCAAUAGUCCAGGUUUGGAUAGUAUCUCCAUUGGAAUAUAACAGGGAAAUAAAUACAUCUUGGAUUGUUGGUGAGCCAUGAUUACUGGUUGGGGAACCACUGUUCUAGUGUGUUGUGCACCUCUUUAGUUAAAGGGACACUAUACACUAGGUUCUGGUGACUAUUUACCAGAACAACUGCAGUUUAAUAAAGUGUUUCUUGUGUCUAUAGCAUGUCUCUGCAAGCAUUUUAAUGCACACACUGACUUGUCAGGAAAAAAGCAGUGCUUGCAUUACUGCCUAGUAACACCUCUAGUGAUAGGCAGGCAGCCAGCCACUAGAGGUGCUUUCUGGGUCAGUAUUCUCUGGAGACCCUGAAUCCCAACAUUGAGCUGCAUUGAUUUAAUGUAUCUCUAUAAGGAAAUGCUGAUUGUGACAGCACAGUGUUUUUUGCUCUGCAUUUCCUAUGGAAAGCAUUGGAUUGGCUGACAUCAUCAAGUUGGGGCCAAUCGCAGCAAGACUGCUGCAGCAUGGGAGAAAAGGUGAGUGUAAACUCCUUUUUCUCUACUCUGAUGGGGGACAGUGUUCUAGAUAUAGUGUCAGGGAUACAUGUUCGUGUUCCUUUAAUAUUAAAGGAAUACUAUAGGGUCAGGAGCACAAACAUUUAUUCCUGACCCUAUAGUGCUAAACCCACCAUUUGGGUGGCUUGCCCCUUAAAAGCAAUUAAAAGUCACCUUAUUUCCAGCGCUGGACGGGUUUACCAGCACUGGCCCCACCCCUUUGGUGACCUCUUCAGAAUUGCUAAUUUUUAGUCAAACCUCUGAUUUCCUAUGGGGAAAGCAUUGGAUUGUCUAAAAUCGGCAAGGGGACGGGGGAACAUUCAGCAUCCGCAUGCAGUGUGUGGAGACGCUGAAUGGCAGUGCUGCCUACUGUGCAGCACUGCCCCAGGAAGGACCUCCAGCGGCCACUUGGAGGUGUCCCUAGGGGCAAUGUAAACAUUGCCUUUUCUCUCAAAAGGCAGUGUUUGCAUUAAAAUGCCUGAAGGCAAUGAUUAUACUCACCAGAACUACAUUAAAGACCACUAUAGUGCCCUGAGGGUGCCCCCACCCUCAGGGUCCCCCUCCCUCCGGGCUCUAGGGGGUGGAAGGGGUUAAACUUACCUCUUUCUCCAGCGCCGGGUGGGGAACUCUCCUCCCUCUUCUUCCGUCACCGGCUGAAUGCACAUGCGCGGCAAGAGCCGCACGCGCAUUCAGCCAGUCCAUAGGAAAGCAUUAGCAAUGCUUUCCUAUGGACGCCGGCGUCUUCUCACUGUGAUUUUCACAGUUAAAAGCGCGGAAGCCCUCUAGCAGCUGUCAAUGAGACAGCCACUAGAGGCUGGAUUAACCCAUAGGUAAACAUAGCAGUUUCUCUGAAACUGCUGUGUUUACAGAAAAAAGGGUUAAUCCUAGCUGGACCUGGCACCCAGACCACUUCAUUAAGCUGAAGUGGUCUGGGUGCCUAUAGUGGUCCUUUAAGCUAUAGUUGUUCUGGUGACUAUAGUGUCCCUUUAACGAUUCCUUUAUCGUAUAACUUAUAUGAAAUGCUAAUAUAUGUUAAAAACAUUAGUAGAAGUAAAUGAAAGGGAACAGGAAAAAUAAAGAUACAUGUGUUCUAAAUAUUUAUAACAGUCAAGUGCCUAGUUACACAAGCAUGUAUUUACUCUUCCUCAUUUUGUUCAAACCAGAGUGAAAAUACAAAGGAAGGCAAAGAAGAAUGCAUGAACACAGUAGAAGACACGUCUUCAGAGAUCAUUGAGUUUUGUCCGCUAGAAGAAAAAUCACUUUUGACUCCUAUACUAACAUCUGAUGAGUCUUGUAUUAAGCCACUUCAUACAAAGUAUAUAAUUAAUAGGGAUUCGUUAAUGGAUCAGUCUAAAGAAUUACUUUGCCAAGAGUCAAAUAAAGACACCAACAUUCCAGUUUCCCAGCAAAUCAGUUUGGAGGAACAUAACGCCUUCAUUAGCACUGUGCCCAGUUUGAAUUUGGGGCUGCACACUACUAAUAUGCAUAAUUCAACAGGAGAGCAAGAUGAUGGUGAGACAGAAAACUACAGUGGCUGUCAAACAGAUAAUUUUAGGGACCAACAAACAUCCUUUCAAGAACAUGAGGCAUUUAAAACUAUUGAACUAACUUCACCUAAACAGUCCGUUAUUACAAUUAUUUUGCCAAAUGGAAAUUUUGAAAAAGAGCCAAUUUUCAUUGAGUCUUUGAUACCUGACGAUCAUUCGUAUACUGAUAUGCAACAAUUUGAUUUAGGAAAUGCACAUGGCUUUGACUCCGAUUGUGCUUAUGAAGUGUUAGAAAAUGAACAUUCAUACUGCAGACAAGAAUUUAACAGGAAUCAAAUAUGGGAAAAGAUUACUAAACUAAAAUCCAAAAUAGCACUCCUUGAAGUUCAGGAACAUGCCACAUUGUCCCGUUUACAGGUCCUUGAGACUCUCAUUAGGCAGUUAAAGCAAGAAAAUUUGUUAUCUGAUGAAAAGUUACAACUAGUUGAGAACUGUUGUAACAACUUUGAAAUUGCCAUAGUACAAUAAAAAGUCACUUCGGUUUUUCUGCAUUUAUAGUUGUUAUUGGGGUUUCUCCGUCAAGUGAAAACUAUGGAGAAAUAACAGCAGAAUUACACAUUUGACACCAAAAUGGCCAAGAUGGAAACAAAGUUGUUAGAGCAUUUUUGUCAUCUCAGCAAAUAGUGUGGAAUUGCCUUGUCUGUUCUUCACAAAUGCAGGGAGUAACCUCGCAAUACCUGCAUUUUAACUUUAAUUUGCACUAGGGUAGACUUUAUAAAAUAGUUUGCCUUUUAUUUACCAGGAUGUUUAAAAUGUGCACUGGACAGCAUUCCUAUAACGUGUAUACAUUAGCCAUUUUAACCCAUUAAGGACCAAACUUCUGGAAUGAAAGGGAAUCAUGACAUGUCACACAUGUCAUGUGUCCUUAAGGGGCUAAACAAGCGUCGCUGUUCUAAGGAAUUCUUCACUAGAGAUUAUGCUUGUUUGUUCACAUCCAUUCAAUGGAAACUAGAACAUCUAUUUCAAGACAAUUGAGAUUUAAGAUGUCUUCCUCAGCCAGAUCAUCUGUAGCUGGAGAUUAUUUUAAAUGGACACUAUAGGUACUAGAACCACUGAAGCUUAAUCUAAUCGUUCUGGAGAAAAUACACUGUCCCUAAAGCCUCUACAGUGUAUAUGUUCUCUUUUCCUAUUAACUGUCACUACAGUUACUUCCUGGGUUCAGUCCUGCAAAGAUUGAGGCUCUGAUGGACUCUUAAAUUUUCUUACAGGGAUGCCUUGCCUAACACUAUAGUGUUUGUUUAAGAGAUACAUAACCGUAUUGCAGCUGGUUAUGUCCAUUGAAUGUAUGUGCUCUUAUGACACUGGUGAUUUAUGUAAGCUUGUGACAUAAAAGUGUAGUGCAUACACACUGUCUGUAGUACACUGGAAAACUGGAAUUUCAGAAGACUCUGUUUUAAAAAAUAUAUAUAUAGUUUGCCAUUCUGAGAUAUUUUCCUAUGCAAAUAAUAUUUUGUAAAAUUGCAGGUUUUUAUUUUUUUGUGUGUGUGUGUGGCUCAAAUUAUGGCAUAACAACAAUCACUGAAACCGCAUAUUUAUGUUCUCUUUUGAGCUUUCUGUACCAAAGAAUUGUCUGUAUACUUCUGUUAAUUAAAUAAUGUUUAAUUCCAUGGAGGUAAAAAUAGUCCCUGCACUCUUAGAUUAAGCAUUUAAAAGUAAUAAACCCAAGUGACAGCUUUCAUUUUCCUAUAAUCUCGUAUACAAAUGUGUUUUUUUUUUAUUCAAAACUUUGUGCCCAAAAUCAGGUGAACGUGUCCUUGGUAAGUGGCACAGACCCUUAAGUUUUGUGAAAUUACAGUAUGUUAUUGUAAUUGUUUUUUGUUUUGGCACAAAUUGUUCAGAUUGUUACGCUGUGCAAAUUGUUAUAUCACUACAUAUUGUUUGAUGUGCUUACUACUGUAAUUAUAACUUUCUAAGUAUGAGCAACACAAAUGUCUGUUAUUGGUAUAACAUCGAAUCAUAACUUUGAUUAAUAUUUUUUAUUUUAUUUAAAAAAAAAUUUUUUAUCCCCUUUGGAAAUUGUCUUGUUUAGUAAAGGAUUCCUCCAC